AUGAAGCAUGAUGCCAGAGCUGCCCUGUCAACAAGCAAAGAGAACAGACGCUCAAGCUACCCCCCCCUCAUGAUUAUGGCAGUUCGAGCCUACCAAUCUAAAUGGCGCAUUCAGCGAAGCGACAAGAGAGAGAGAACAGAUACUGCCCCUGAUCCUUUCAUCAUAGCCACCGGGCGAGACAGCCUUAAACCCGACGCGAAAUCUUUGAAGUUCAUUCGCCAUCACGCUAUGAGGGGGAAGAACAGGAAACAAACUCCUCCUCGUUCCCACAAUACAACGUGUGAACAUCACGGUACCACAGAGCAUAUCCCUUUGCAGAAUGCGAUAGUCGAGCCGGUGUGGUUUCGGACGCUUGACAUGGCCUAUCUCCCUGGUUUGCAUCCAGGUUUACCAUCCGGAAUGCUUCAUACUGUCUGCAAAUUCAUUGCAUAUAUGACGAUGGGCAUGUACCCCGUCAAUGACUUCAUCGAUCUUAGUAAGGACGAGCAGUACUGGCUCGAGGAUAUGAGCCACGAUCCUCUCUACAGCUAUACACUCUCCCAUAUCGCCAGAUCCUACCUCGAUACGGUUGGCAAGGGCCACAUGUUCACAGGAGUAACCCUCAUCAACAAGGCUAUGGCUGAGUUGCGAAAGAAAUUUACCGAGGCGAACUUCAUCAUUACAGACUCUGUCCUUCUCACCGUUUUAUGUCUGGCAUUGAUCUCAGAUAUGUUUGGAGAUAUAGAUGCCACCAGAAAGCACCUCAACGGCCUUUGGCAACUGAUCAAACUCCGCGGUGGCCUGCUCGGGCUGACGGAAAAGUAUUCCCUCCGGAUUAAAUGCAGCAGACUUGAUCUUCGGUUGGCCCUGAGAACUGGAGCGAAGCCGGUCUUUCUUUGUGAGCAGGAUUUCCAAUGGAAUCCGAGCCUAGUGCGGCCCAUGAAGACGUCUACAGCUACACCAAUCCACACUAUCUGCAGCACCCCUGACAUUCGACUUGUAAAUAUCUGGCAUGACUUGAAAGAUUUUACAAACAGUAUUAAUAUGGCACAGCAAACUUGCCAGAAGUUGGCAUCAAAGCAGUUCCAAGAGAUCUUAAUCACCUCGCAAUAUCGGCUACAAUGCUUGGCCUACGAGCGUCAUGAUGUCCAAGAAAUUAUUCGUCAUGUCAUGUUGGCUUACACCACCACCCUCUUUAUGAAGACAACAGACUUACCAGCGCAGUGUCGACCCCUAGCUAUGCAGCUUAGGCAGGAUCUGGGAUACCUGGAAUCACAGGACGACAAAAAUCUUCUAAAGCUGCAAGUCUGGUCUGUUUGUAUUAGCAGAGCGUCUGUGUUGAGCACUGAGGGGGAUCUUCCAUGGCUCGAAAAUUGGCUCCGUAAAGCAUGUCGAAUGUUAGAAAUCUCCACCUGGGAGAAGACCCGUCGGAUCCUCAAGAGUUUCGUCUGGGUGGAUUUAAUUCACGGCCCCAUUGGUCAGCCAUUCUUUGAAGGGGCAAGCCAAUGUCAGUAUUUUGAACAGAUCUCCGAUGACAGAUAG